AUGGCAGUCCACAAGGCGUCUGCUCCUGUUGAUGCUUCCCUCGAGGAGAAGCUGCGUAACCAGGUCGAGUUUUACUUCUCGGACUCGAAUCUGCCGCGUGACAAGUUCCUUCGCGCACGCGUUGAUGCAGAUCCCGAAGGCUACGUCGAUCUACAGCUCAUUGUAACGUUCAAACGAAUGAAGCAGCUGAACGCUACUGCAGAAAAGGUAGCAGCUGCUCUUGCGGGCUCCGAACUCGUCGAAGUGAGUCCGGAUGGCCAACGCGUUCGUCGGAAAAAGCCUCUACCGCUCGAUGAUACGAGCAAGGAGCGCUCCAUCUACGUCAAGGGGUUCAAACCAGGGGAGUCGCCCGCCGCUGAACCACCCAUAGAGGACGUGAUGGCCGUUUUUGAACCUUUCGGUAAGGUGCUUUCAGUGCGUAUGCGGCGCAGGAAAGUGCACCGGCGACCGGGGCCUGUACCUGCUUCCGGUGACGGGGUUUGCUCGCCGAACGGCGAAUCGUCGACCGCAACCCGACCUGAGAACGAGAGGCCUACCGCCUCAGAAACCGAUGAACAAGCCGCAAGGCCGACCACUGCAACCUCCCAGACUGCGGGCGACACCGACGCUGAGCAGUGUCAGAAGCUACGAGCGGGUGCAUCGUCGGAGCACGAACUCGACGCCGAACGUGCUCUUGAGCCGUCGGCUGGUGGCCAGUCCCAAGACCUGGUACUCCAUGAUCAUGAUCGCGAUCAAACGACAGUGAUUUUCAAAGGCAGUGUAUUCGUGGAGUUUGACUCCGAGGACGCCGUCGCAAAGGCACUGCAACGUCAUGCGGAGCAUCCGUUGUUGGUUCCCGGCACGCAAACUCCCUUUACGAUUGAGCGCAAAGAUCUGUAUCUGAAACGAAAGAAUGCCGAGGCGAAAGAAGCACGACGAGCGCGAAAGCUGCAGCGUACAGGUGCGCAGACAAAGACGGAUGCGCCGUCAACGAAACCAGCGACGAAACGAUCCUUGCAGCAGGUUGCAGGCGAUACAGAGAGCCCGUCGAGACCAGAGGAUGCUGCUUUCGACGAUGCCACAAGCCCGGGAACUGCUAGUGAUCGCGACUCUGCUGCUGGUACAGAUACCGAUGACGGCACCGAUGUCUCGGAGGAGUCAGAGGAAAACGCUUUCGAACCUGGUCUGAUUCUACGCAUUGAAGGUCUAGGUCCCGCGGUAGACCGGGAUGAUCUUCGGCAGGCAUUCUCGAAAUACGGACAAGUCGGUUGGAUCGACCACACCCGAGGCAACGAGGUUGCACAUGUGCGUUUCCUGGAGCCCGGGGCAGCCGCACAAGCGGCCACCUCUGUGAAGCCAUCGUCGGUACUGGGCGGCUCCGACGUGCGCAUGCUGGUGCUGGAAGGCGCUGAAGAGCAUGCCUACUGGGAACGGAUCCGGGAAGCACAGAGAGCCAUUCGAGAGACCGAGAAGCGUAAGCGCAAACGUGAAGAGAAACGUCGCCUAUCGCGAAACAAACGUCGUAGGUUUCGGAAGAGAUCGCUGGAAGCAUGA